AUGGGGGAUGUGUCAAUGUCUUUGAGUGCACAAAUCCAGUGGGUGAAUUCCCCAUUCAUGGCAGAAUGUAAAGUCCUGAGUAAGGCUUUAGAAUUAUGUAAAGAUUUGGGUUUCUACAAUGCAUGGUUUGAAGGAGAUGCAAAAGGGGUUGUGGAUGGGGUGAAUAAGGAGGAGGAGGAUGAUUCUUGGGUGGGACAGGUGGUGGGGGAUCUGCAGAAGGAGCUCCGAAGCUGUAAAGGAUGGAAACUAAGUUUUGUUCACAGAGAAUGUAAUGAAGUUGCACAUAGCCUUGCCAAGUUAGGACUGACUAUAGAUACAGAAAGGGUGUGGAUGGAAUGUGUCCCACCUGAUAGUGCUCAGAAAGUUAUUUUUGAUAAACAUUGUAAUCACACAAAUUCUUAA